GGAUACUUUGUGACGCAGGAGAUGGGGCGAGGCCUUUAGGGCAGGAGGCACAGUCCAGCAGCCAGACCGCUCAGCAGUUUGUGCCUGAAGCACGGCGGCGGGCAGCUGCGGCGACCCAACACUCAGCGGCGGCCCUUCACUCUCCAAAGAUGUCAGCCCCCACCACCUCUCGCCGGCCCAUCAAGGGAAUCCUGAAAAACAAAGGUUCCACCGCUUCCCCAGUCGCAGGCUCGGCCCAGCAGUCCGGUGGACCACUCCAGGAGGUCCAUAGAAAGAAAUCCCAAAAGUGGGACGAGUCGAACAUCUUGGCGACCUACCGUCCAGAGUACAGAGACUACGAUUUCAUGAAGAUGAAUGAGCCCAACACUCCCCAGCUCGGUCUGCAGAAUUAUGGGGAAAGAAGUGCAGAGAGUGAAGCCACGGCCCUCGACAGCUUAACCAAGAGAUUGGCCGCCACCUACACCUCCGAUUCCAACUAUCCAGGGCGGGAGCCCGAACUGGAUGGAGCGCACAGCAGCAAAAUCUACCUUGACAGGCAAGAGAAACAUCGGCAGUUCGAAAUGAAAAGGAAACUUCACUACAGCGAAGGAAAGAACAUCAAACUCGCCCGACAACUGAUUUCCAGAGAUCUACUGCAUGACUACGAGGAUGAGGAUGAUAAAAACGAGGAAAGCCACGACAAGACUACCACCCAGGAAGAAGCAGAGCAAGGCGCCACCAGCGACGAAGGCCUGCAGACACAGACCUGCUGCUACCACAGUGAUGAUGACGAAGACGACAAGUAGAUCGGGUUUGAUCGAGCAGACAACGCUCGAUCCACGCUGCAAUUGUUGGAUCCACAACUUGUUCCUGUAAUCUUCAGCUUCUUGUUCUGUGCAGCUCGUGCAAGUACUGAACUACUUACCAGUUACAUUGCACUGUGAUAAUUCAAUGGUAAACAUAGCAAAUAAUAGCUUAACUGGAAAAAAAA